GUUACCAGAUUUUCCCGGAGAAGGUGGAGCCGGAGCCCGGGGCUGGCGCGGCGCUGCCUUGCAUCGUCCUGGACGCCGAGGACGCGGUGGUGGAGAGCGGAGAACUCCGCUGGCCCCCGUGCCUCGCCCUGAGCCUCGCCGCUUCGUCCGACUUCCAUCAGCAGACGAAUUCAGCCGCGGGCCGUGUCCUCGAACUCGUGAUAGACCUCGACAUCAACUCUGCCGCUGCUGCCGACCUUGACCCCGACUCUGGCUCUAGCCACGGCCCGGAGAUAGUGGUGUCCAGCCUUGACCCCGUGGAGCCAGCGGAGAGUGGGGAGCUCAUGUGGCCUCCUGCCCAUCUCAUGGUCAAAGAGGAGGACGAGGACGACGACGAUGAUGAUGACGGUGGUGGCGAUGAAGCUGCUGAUGAUGAUGAUGAUGAUGGAGAGGUCUUCGCAGAAAACAUAAAGGGGAAAUCCCAAGCUGGUGGUGGUGAAGACGAUGAUGUUGAUGAUGAUGGAGAUGAUGAUAUGAAAGAGGUUCCGGAUGAUCGCGAUGACACUGCUGCGGUCACGUCGAUGGAACCAGACGAAGCUAGGCACGCGGCUCUCGAGUUGGUGUUGGUGGAUCCACGUGAAGAUGGAGCGGAGCGGACGGGGAAUUUUGGGGACGGCGUCACGCAGGCGGGAGCGCGCGGGAUGGAGGCGUGCGUUUCCAUGGAGGAGGAAGAUGAGGAGGAGGAGGGGGUUGAGUUUGAGGAAGUAGGGGAAGGAGAUGAGGAGGAAGUGGAUCAAGACGAAGGAGAUGAUGAUGAAGAGGAGGAGGAGGAGGAUGAGGAGGAGGAGGAAGGAGUCUGCGGCCCGUAG